UUGUAGAGAGCGAGAAAUUGGAAUGAAAUAUGGAAGACUUCGAAAAGUAUGGCGCAAUUACGAUAAAUCCUCCCGCAGAGGAACAUGGUCCACGAAUGACACGACACAUCUACUGGAGAAAGCGAUUCAUGGAACAGAUGCCUCAUUCGGAUAUUGCGCAAUCUUCUGAUGUUACUGUAACAACUUCUAAUCUUAUUACCAAUGAUGCACCAUCUUCAUCAAAGGAGAUUAUGACAAGCGGUGAUAUUAUAUCAACAAUCAACAGAAUUUAUGACGAUCCAGAAUCAGUUAGUCGCCAUUUAUUUGAUUUACUGCGUUCUCCAAACGAAGAUGACGAUUUACAAGGCGAACUUAUCGACUUGCUUGGAUUAGAGCAGUUCGACUUAGUUAGUACGAUCUUGUCAUCAAGGCAAGAGCUGUUAGAUUGUUAUAGUUCGGUUCGUGAGGAUAUUGCUCGAACUACGAAACUGGAGAGAAUGCUGCAAAAAUCACAAAAGCAAAAGCAACAGCCUUUGUAUUGUCAGCAGGUAACAGUUCAGUCAAAUACCGAUGUAAACAUACGGAAAAUGACAAGACGAGAGCAGAAGCGUGCUGCUAAGCAACUAAGUAAAAUUACACAAAAUUUAAGCGAAGAUGAAAAGCUUGAGCUGGAGCAGGCCCAAAACGAUAUGCUCAAAGAAAGGUUUCAAGAUCUGGAAGCAAAACGGUGGUUCGAAACAUUGCGUGAAAAUAGGUCAACUGUUGUACGUGAACGUUUUCCAUAUGUAUACGAUGCACUGAUUGAAUCCGAACAUAUUUUUAUCACUGUCGACGGGUCGAAGCGUUGUUUACCGGCUAACUCUUCCCGUGUAAUUCACGACACUUACGAAGAAGUUUAUGUUCCCGCAGUGGAUAGAUCUCAGAUCACGACAGUACACCAAAUAAAUAUCGAGGAUUUUGAUGAGUUAGGGAAAAAGUGUUUCAAUGAUUUCGAAAAGCUUAAUGUUAUUCAGUCACUGGUGUUUACGCAAGCUUACAAAUCACAAGAGAAUUUGUUGAUUUGCGCUCCGACGGGUGCAGGUAAGACGAAUAUUGCAUUACUGGCAAUUUUGAACACGGUACAUGGCUACAUGAACAAUGGUGUGAUUUGCAAAAAUGAUUUCAAAAUUGUUUAUAUCGCACCGAUGAAAGCAUUGGCGACUGAAAUGACAAUGAAUUUUGCUAAGCGACUAGCUCCAUUAAAUUUACGCGUGCGUGAAUUAACCGGUGACACAACACUUUCAAGGAAAGAAAUUGCCGAAACACAGAUGCUUGUUCUGACUCCCGAGAAAUGGGAUGUUGUGACGAGGAAAGCUAUCGAUUUACCGCUCACGAAAAUGGUAAAACUAUUGAUUAUCGAUGAAAUCCAUUUAUUACACGAUGAUCGAGGACCUGUGAUUGAAACCAUUGUUGCAAGAACGCUUCGACAGGUCGAAAUGAAUCAGCAAGGUGUUCGAAUUAUCGGACUUUCUGCCACGCUACCCAAUUAUAUCGAUGUUGCAAGGUUUUUGCGUGUAAACCCCCACAAAGGGAUGUUCUUUUUUGACGGCCGCUUUCGACCAGUUCCACUUUCACAGACUUUUAUUGGCGUUCGUAAUCCGCGAAGUACAGGACCAGAUCUGAUGCGUGAAAUGGACGAAGUGUGUUACGAGAAAGUACAUCAGUUUGUGAGCAAAGGACAUCAAGUUCUUGUUUUCGUAACUGCGCGGAAUGCUACCACAAAAUUAGCUAUGACUUUCCGAGAUGAAGCUGCCAAAAGGGGAGAAUCAAAUCAUUUUUUGCCGACAAAUGUUGGUUCAUUGCAGUACAUUAAUGCAAUGAAAUCGGUGCAGAAUUGCCGGAAUGAUAUACUAUUGGAAUUUUUCCGUCUUGGCUUAGGUAUCCACCAUGCUGGCUUACCGCGCCGAGAACGUUUGAUGACUGAAAAGUUCUUUGCUAAUGGACAUAUUACUGUGCUUUUUUGUACUUCAACUCUUGCUUGGGGUAUUAAUUUGCCGGCACAUGCUGUUGUCAUUCGGGGAACUGAAAUCUUCGAUGUUCAAAAAGGCGCUUUCAGCGACAUGGGUGUUCUGGACGUGCAACAAAUUUUUGGUCGAGCCGGUCGUCCACAAUAUGAGAGCUCAGGACAUGGCGUAAUCAUAACAUGGAAAAAGAAUAUGCCACAGUAUUUGAAUAUGUUGCUUCGCCAAGCGCCUAUCGAAAGCCAGUUUAUGUCACGAAUUUACGAUAAUUUGAAUGCCGAAAUCUCUUUAGGAACAGUGUCAAGUAUCUCUGAAGCAGUCGAAUGGCUCAAGUACACAUAUUUUUUCAUUCGAGCCAAAUUAAAUCCUCUUGCAUAUGGAAUACCUCGGGGACAGUUAGAGCGCGACCCAGAUUUAUAUGAAUAUUUGACUCAAAUGAUGACGGAAGCAGCUGAGAAAUUGGAUGCAAGUCAAAUGAUCAGGUUUGAUAGUAUAAACGGUUACGUGACAUCAACAGAUCUUGGGCGCAUAGCUUCAAACUAUUACAUAAGAUAUGAAACAGUUGAAGUAUUCAUGAAUGGCGUGGGAGGGUUGAAACUGGAAGCAUUCAUGAGCGACGAUAUGAUAUUGUCGUUAAUUGCAUCAGCAACGGAAUUUGACCAACUUAAAGCUAAUUUUAAUAUUCUUUUGAUUAAGUUGCGGGAAGAAGAAACAGUCGAAUUAGAGGAACUUGUGCAAACUUCUUGUCCUUUACGUUUGAAAAGAGGUGCUUUGGCAACUGUACCUGGAAAAAUAAAUUGUUUAAUCCAGGCUCAUAUUUCACGAGCAUUCAUUCGAAAUUAUUCACUGGUUUCGGAAUCAAUGUUUGUUCAACAAAACUGUGGUCGACUAUGUCGUGCAAUGUUUGAAAUAACUUUGAGAAAAGGAUGGGCCCAAGCAGCUAAUGCAACGCUGGCUAUGGCGAAAUGUUUUGAUAAGCAAGUAUGGCCAUUUCAGACACCUUUGAGGCAACUUAAUGAGUUUGUUCGAGCAGAUUGCAUCCCAAAAAUUGAACGGAAAAAGCUUUCUCAUUAUCAACUCUUUGAAAUGAGUGCAAAAGAACUUGGAAAGAUCUUAAGUUGUGAUGGGCAGAAGAUGUAUGAAGCAGUACGUAUGCUGCCAGUAAUGUAUUUGGAAGCUUCAGUCAAACCUAUUACAAACACAAUUAUUCAAGUGACUGUGAUUUUGACGCCAGACUUCAUUUGGCAUGAACAUUUUCUCGGUUCAACUGGUGUUCAAGUUUUCUGGGUUUUUGUCGAAGAUAUCAAUGAAAACAUGAUCAUCCAUCAUGAUCAGGUGGUCGUUAAUAGGAAUAAGGUUCGUCACAGUGAACCACAAAAUCUUAUUUUUACGGUACCAAUCAGUGAUCAGCAGUUAACCCACAAUUAUCAGGUACGAGUUGCAAAUGAUCGGUUUGUAGUUGAUGAUAGUGUUGUCCCUAUUUCGAUGCAUAAUUGUGUUUUACCGUCUUCACAUCGUCCGCAUACAGAUCUGCUAGAUUUGGACCCUUUGCCUUUAACAGCUUUGAAAAAUGAAGCAUUCCAGUCGAUUUACAAUUUCGGAUUUUUCAAUCCAGUGCAGACGCAGGUUUUCCACUGCCUGUAUAAUACAGAUCAAAAUACUUUGAUAGGCGCACCAACUGGUUCUGGUAAAACUCUUUGUGCGGAACUGGCCAUGUAUCGCAUUUUCCGUGAAUAUCCUGCUAAAAAGUGUGUUUAUAUUGCACCUUUAAAAGCUUUGGUGCGCGAACGUGUUUCUGACUGGAAUGAAAAGUUGCAAAGACUGAAUAUUAGUGUGGUUGAGCUUACCGGGGACCAUUCACCGGAUAUUCGCAGCUUGAGUUCAGCUAAAAUUGUGAUUACGACGCCAGAAAAGUGGGAUGGCAUAACACGUAGUUGGGAAAUUCGUCAGUAUGUUAAAGACGUGGGGCUUGUUAUUGUCGAUGAAAUUCAUCUUCUAGGUGUUGAAAGAGGUGCUGUAUUGGAAGCAAUUAUAACAAGAUUAAAGAUGAUGGCUGCAAAACAAGAAUCGCAUAAUCCUGUUCGUGUAGUUGGUCUUUCUACUGCUCUUGCUAAUGCAGGCGAUGUUGCGGAAUGGUUAGGUGUUGUGGAUGCUGGACUUUUCAAUUUCCGACCAAACGUGCGACCUGUACCUAUUGAGGUGCACAUUGCUGGUUUCCCAGGUCAGCACUAUUGCCCUCGAAUGGCUCUGAUGAAUCGACCAGCUUUCAAAGCAAUCAAAAGUUAUUCUCCUUGUAAACCAGCCCUCAUAUUUGUGGCAUCACGGCGCCAAACGCGAUUAACUGCAAUGGCCUUUGUUUCGCAACUCGUUACCGACGAUGACCCACGACAGUGGCUUCACAUGGAUAUGGAAGAGCUUGAACAAUUGCUUAUAACACUAAAAGAUGAAAAUUUGAAAUUAACGCUACCGUUCGGCGUAGGGAUGCAUCAUGCCGGUUUGCAGCAGCACGAAAGAAACAUUGUUGAACGGCUUUUUGCGGAAAAAAAAAUUCAAGUUAUGGUGGCUACAGCAACCUUAGCAUGGGGUAUUAAUAUGCCAGCACACUUGGUGAUUAUUAAAGGAACCGAAUAUUAUGAUGGGAAAACUCACAAAUAUAUUGAUUUCCCGGUUACUGAUGUUUUGCAAAUGAUAGGCCGUGCUGGUCGACCACAGUUCGAUGAUUCUGCUGUUGCUGUUAUUUAUGUUCAGGAUAUUAAGAAGAAUUUCUAUAAGCGUUUCCUCUACGAACCUUUUCCGGUCGAGUCAAGUUUGCUCACAGCAUUGCCAAAUCAUGUGAAUGCAGAAAUUUACGCCGGAACGAUUACCUCGGAGCAGCAUGUAAUGGAAUACAUUGCUAACACAUACCUUUACCGUCGUCUUUUUGCAAAUCCAAGUUAUUAUGGUAUUGUGGAUACGACACCGGAAGCUUUGACACAGUUUCUUGUGGACGUAGUUGAUAACUGUAUUGAAGAACUUGUGCUUUCUGGUUGUAUCACCAUUCAUGAAGAAGAACAAUCACUUAUCUCAGCACCACUUGGAACUAUUGCAAGCGUUUAUUAUUUGAAUCAUAAAACUGUGCGAUUUUUUGCCAGCUCUCUUACGCCCACAGCAACAGUGGAGGAACUCAUGAAAGUUUUAGCAGAUUGCCCAGAAUACGAUGAAAUACCUGUUCGACAUAAUGAAGACCAAAUUAAUGGGCAUCUCCAACAAAUCAUGCCACUUAAAUUGCCAGCUGAUGCUGCUAUGGAUUCUUCGCAUACAAAAGCCUUUCUUUUGUUGGAAGCACAUUUAAGUCGCAUAAAGCUGAUGACAGAUUACACCACUGAUCAACGUUCAAUGCUAGAUCAGUGUUUCCGGAUUUUAAAUGCAAUGUUGGACAUAAGUCUCUUACGUAAAUGGCUCUCAACUGCUCUUGCCAUUGUUAUUUUGAUGCAAAUGAUCGCUCAAGCUGCUUGGCAUACAGAUCAUCCCCUCAUGGUUGUACCUCAUUUCAGUGAAGAAGUUAUUGAGAGAGUUGGGGCUGAUUCAACGAUACCUAUGCUGAAAAAUCAUUUUGGUCUUGAUAAAGCGAAUAUCGAGCAAGCUAGAAAAAAAGCCAUCAAAAAACUUCUGGAACUGACAGUUAUUGAUGAACGCCAAGCAACAGAGGCUAUUGACGGUCUUUUGAAAUGGCCAAUAUUACAACCGAGGAACUGUGUCUUAUGUGGUGCAAAUCAGAUUUUCGAAAUUGAUUACUUGCAAGAUGAACGAUGGCCAAAGUAUAUAAAUGUUGAGUCGGAUACGUUAUACCGUAUAUUAUUCACUGUUGAGUUGGUUGGGCCACAUAAGUUUGAGACAAAAGCUUUUUGCCCACGUUUCCAUAAAGAAAAAACUGCCGGCUGGAUUGUGAUCAUCGGUGAAAAGGAUACAGAUGUAGUACUGUGCUGUAAAAAGUUAUCACCGGUUACCGGUUCUAAGCAGCUCACUGUACCCUUUAAGAUGCCUAAACGAUUAGGUCGACAUAUUUUUACAAUUUUCGUAAUGUCCGAUUCUUACAUUGGCAUCGAUCAGGAAUAUAAACUUCAUUGUGAAAUUGUUGAAAAGAAAGUAUCGGAAAAUUCAAAUAACGAUGAAGAUUUUUGAGGUCGUAGCACUGAUAAUAAUAUGAUCGUACAGAUUACUUUGCUGUUUUUUAUUCCGACAAGUAACUUAUCAGUUUACUAUAAUCACUCUAUUGUAUCAAUUAGACCCAUUUCCCGCUGUGUCUUUCAUUCUUCACUCGCUCUGUUGCUAAUUCUUGUAAUUGUCGCAAAUUUUUGGAAAAGUUUGCAGGGCUC